AUGGUGGCCUCUCUUUGCGACAAUUUCUUUGCACCUAACACCUCCUUCAGUUUUGAAGACCUCUUAUCUCAUCCAUCCUCUCCUCCUCACCCCAAUCCUGAACCACCUUCUUCGCCUAUCUCCACCUCUCCUACUUAUCCUCCACCUUCUGUCCCUUCCAUAUUAUCUCCUACUCCUUCUCCUACUACCUUGGCCAUUAUCAUAGUUCCUCAACCUGCUCUCUCUGUAACUCUUCCACCUAUUUCUCAGGCCCUUCCUCUAAUUUCCCAGCUUCCCCCUCUCCCUAUUCCCAUCACCUUGCCUACUAUCUCUUCUCCUUCCCCAUCUUUUGAUGCUGACAAAAACGGGGAGAAGAAAUCUGCCUAG